AUGUCCGCCAAGACGCCGAUCGCGCUCGUGCGACUCGUCGUCCCCGCGGGCGCGGCGAAACCGUCCCCGCCCGUGGGACCGGCGCUCGGACAGCACGGAGUGAACAUCAUGAGCUUCUGCAAGGACUUCAACGCCAAGACGAGCGAACACAAGAGCGACGUGCCGGUGCCGGUGGAGAUUGCAAUCUACGGCGAUAAGAGCUUUGAGUGGCGCAUGAAGACGCCGCCGGCGUCGUACUUCAUCGCCAAGGCGGCGGGGGUGGCGAAAUCUUCCACGCGACCGGGACACGCGUUCGUGGGGAGCAUUAAUUUGAAACACGCGUACGAGAUCGCCAAGGUGAAGGCGUCGGACGAGACGAUGGGACACGUGGGAUUGGAGAGCGCGACGAAGUCGGUGUUGGGGACGGCGCGAGCGAUGGGGAUACGCGUCGUCGAUCCGCGCGCGACGAACGUGAAUUAGUCAAGUCGCGCGUUAGAUUUUGAAAUCAUUCGAUGAAUAAUAGAUUAGCUACAAAA